CCUAACUGUUCUCCGGCCAAUGAGCGCAGCAGGUUUGGUUGCUAAGAGGAAGUUGAGCGGAAGUGAAACGGUUGCUAGGGGUAGCUUAGACCUGGUUGGAGGGAGUCGUGUUACCGGGAAUGAGCGCCGCGCUUGAAAUGCCAGAGGCGGGCGGCAGGGAUCGGUCUCAAAGGAAGCAAUGGGAGAAGGUGUUUGAGGCUUGUGAUGAAGAUAAGAAAGGAUAUUUAAACAGAGAGGACUACAAGGUUGCUGUCGUGAUGCUUUUUGGCUAUAAGCCUUCCAAGGCGGAAGUGAAUUCAGUCAUGGCCUCUGUGAAGCAAAAUCAGUCAGGUAUCUCACUUGAAGAAUUUCACAAAUUUAUGAGUAGAAAGAAGUCUGACCAUUUUUACCAUAAUGAAGUAAGACAGCUAUUCACUGCUUUUGACAGACAAUGUAAAGGAUUCUUGUCUUUGGAAGACUUGAAAAAAGCCUUUAAUAUUGUUGCACCAAAGUUGCCAGAGAGGACCAUUGUUGAAGUAUUCAGGGAAGUUGAUCAGGAUUCUGAUGGCCAUAUUAGCUACAAAGACUUUGAAUUAGCAAUGAACUAUGGACAAGAAAAUCUUUCAGCAAUUUCACUUAAGUAUGUUUUCCCAUGAAAAUAUCAAAAUAUGUUCUCUUUAAGUUUUCCUAAGUUUGCACAGCAUAUUCCUACAGAAAUUUUAAAAAAGAAAUUAAUUUACAUGUGAUACUAUAAAAAUUCAUUGAAUUUUCCAUUGAACAUACAGUGUUUUCUUGUGUGUGUGUGUGUACAUAUUAGUUUCCCCCCAAUGUAGUCUAGUUUUCUAUUUUUUAUGUCUUCAUGGUUUUCCUUUCUCUGAUAAUUGCAUAUGAAAGUGAGGAAAAGAAAAAAUGUUAAUAAUAAUAUUUUCAGAAUCUGAUUACAUCUAACUUAAAAAUGGGGUCUUUACAAUAUUCUGUAAACAAUUUGUUCAUUUUAUUCAUUUAUACCUUGUUUUACAAGCAACUUUCACAGCAUCUUAGUGGAAGAUUAUAAUAUGGGUCCAUGUUAGUAGCAUUCUUUAGCAAAUAUAUUUGUGUGCCAUCUUUAAUCUUAUAGAAUAUUUAAAGCUCAAACUUCUGUACACUUACAAGGGAACAAGAUCCAUUGAAAUCAGAAGGUCUGCUGAUCUUGACUUUAUUGUGUUUUCAUUGCUGGUCUCACUGUGACAGAAUUCCAAUUAAAGGAAGGCAAAGGAGCCUUGCUAACAGUUUGAAUGUUGGAAUGGCAAAGCAAUGUAAUGUAAUACCAGUGUUGGGAAAGAAUAGUCCUCAACAUAUUGUUGGACUUCAACUCCCAUCAUCCUUUACCAUUAGCUGAGAGGGAUAGUAAGGCAAGAAAAAUUCAGCAGGUUCAAAGUCAGAUAAGACUAUGCACAACUCCAUAUGAAGGCUCACAUGUUGCUUCAUUAUCAAGAAAAUCUCAGUCUGAGAUCUAAAGAGGUUUUCAGCCUGAGUAUUAAGGACGUUCCAGACAUGCCUUAAAUCCCAGGAGGAAGUGGGAUAUUUUAUCCCAGUUCCUCCCAGGAUUGAGGCCCUCCACCUCCCUCAAAGCCUGAGUUUUCCCAGUGGUUGUAUGGCUACAUGCCCUCCCGGAUCAGCCAGAAGUUGACCCAGGAGAGCAGCCGGCCAGCCCCCCAUUUAGCCCCAAAUCUUAACAAAAACUCUGACAAAAUCUCCUGGUGCAUCAAAUGAUGCAUUGGGAGGGGGGUGGUGGUAGGAGGGAUCCCUCAUGUACGUUUUGGGGCUAAAUGAGAGGCUGGGAGGCGAGGGUGACCUUUUAGGAAGGUCUGGGUCUUUUGAGGUGUUUGGUUGAUUUAGAGUAAACUGGAAAACCCCAGUUUACUUUGGAUUCAUCUGUGUUUACCUGAUGUGUCGUUUUGAUGCCUCGGGUAGAAGGGCCCUUAGAUCCAUUUCUGCUCCUUCCUUCCCCACUAGCCUUUGGCACUCUCUGUGUUGUAUUUGCAGCCUUUACUCCUCUUUAUUGUGUUAUAUAUUCUGUUAAUAAUAUUUGUACAAUGUGUAUGCAGUACCUGGAAGGAUGAAUGGUGGUUCAAACGAGUUAAUAAAAUAAAUACACUCUUGCUUAACGCUA